UUUUAAAUCAUUUGAUAAAUAGAUAAUAAAGGUAACAUCCCAAACGGCUAACAAUUAUUAUCACGAUUUUAAAACGUGUCUAUUAUGGAGAUGUUUACACAUUACGAGGAGAACAGAACAUUUCUUAUAUAGUUGUGGAAACAUUUUCUUAGUAGAUGUGUUUUAAAACUGUGAAGCUGAUGACGAUAUAUAACGGGUAAAAACGAAACUGUUUGCUCGUGAUGGCUUCGGAUGUUAUAAUAAAUAAUUGAGUAAGACUAAGAACUAAAAUUAAUAAGAUUAUCAAACUAAGUAUACUUAUUUAUAUAAUAUUAGAUGUUAUUAUAAUGUUCUAUAUUUUACUUUAUUAAUAAUGGUAGCUAUAUUUAAAUUGGUGCUCAAUAAUGAGUAUUGACCUUCUGCCGACUACUGUUUUGUUGUGAAAAAAUUAAAAAAAAGAAAGUUAGAGCACGUGAGUCGGUGAUUUUUAUUAUUUUAGUUAUAAUGCUACAUUACGAAGUACAACUACCAAGUUCUCAGUUAAAACACGUGACAUAAUAUAAUUAUCUUUAUUUUUAAUAUAAUAAUACAUAUAUUGUUGUGAACGGGCCCAGAAACUGUUGGGCCCACUUUACAAACCAAAGAUUUAGGCUCGGCCUGGCCCAUGUUGAUUUUGGGCUUAUUUAAGACAAUGGCCCGUGUUUGAGAGUAGUAAUAUAUAGCAACCAUCAAUAUUGGGCCCAUGAGUUUUUUUUUUCUUUUAAUAUUUUAUUAUGAUUUUUCGCGGCUGAAAACGACGGGACUAAAUUUCCCGGGAAAAGUUCGUUGCUGUAAGACUGCGAUAGGAAAGAAGUGAUCAGUCAUUUGAACCGUUUGGCUUAAUGAUUGGGAAGUGUGAACGGAGUUCUAAUCCACCGCCGCAACCCUUGCGCAUUAGCUCGCGAGAUCGAGAAGAAACUAAUAUUCGAAUGUGAAUCAAUGGAGUUUUGAUGGACGUGUAUGGGUUGAAGUGUUUAGGAGAUGUAUCCGCGCUUCACAAUGGAGUGUUGUAAUGGUGGAGCAUCUCGGUUGCCCCUGUCGGAGAGCUCUGAAGUCUCAGAAUCUAUCUGGCGUUGUGCCACCAGAAUUUUCCAAGCUUCGCUUCCUCAAACAGCUAGACCUCAGUCGAAACUGUCUCACGGGUUCUAUUCCGUCACAAUGGGCUACCAUGCGGUUGGAAGACCUUUCUUUCAUGGGAAACAAAUUGUCCGGCCCAUUCCCGAAAGUUCUUACGAAUAUCACCACUCUCAGAAAUCUGAGCAUUGAAGGAAAUCAAUUUUCCGGCCAAAUUCCACCAGGGAUCGGAAAACUAGUCAAUUUGGAAAAGCUUGUUCUGGCAUCAAAUGGCUUCACCGGAGAAUUGCCAAAAGCAUUAGCGAAGUUGUCGAACUUAACUGAUAUGAGGAUUAGUGACAACAACUUUUCUGGAAAGAUACCUGAGUUCAUUAGUAAUUGGACACAGAUUGAAAAACUGCAUAUUCAAGGCUGCUCCCUCGAGGGGCCCAUACCCUCAAGUAUCUCCACGAUGACAAGUUUAACUGAUCUGAGAAUAUCUGACUUAAAAGGUGGAAGGUCUCUUUUUCCACCGUUGAGCAAAAUGGAAUCCAUGAGGACGCUGAUACUUAGGAAGUGCUUCAUUGUCGGAGAAAUCCCUAAAUACAUCGGGGACAUGAGAAGAUUGAAAAACUUAGACCUGAGCUACAAUGACUUGACUGGUGAAGUUCCUGCAUCGUUGGAACGACUGGAAAAAAUAGAUUACAUAUAUUUGACAGGAAACAAGCUCAAUGGAAUUAUUCCUGGUUGGGUCUUAGGAAGCAACAAGAAUGUGGAUCUUUCUAACAACAACUUCACUUGGGAAAACUCAAGCCCAGCUGAGUGUCCUCGUGGGAGUGUAAAUUUAGUAGAGACUUACUCACCGUCUGCAGAAAAAUUAACUAGAAUCCAUCCCUGCCUAAAAAGGAACUUCCCGUGUUCUGCAUCAAAGGAAGAGCAGCACUACUCCUUGCACAUUAACUGUGGCGGUAAAGAAGCAUUUGUACGGGGUGAAAGGUAUGAAGCGGAUAGAGAAGGUGCUUCAAUGUUUUAUACUGGUCACAAUUGGGCUUUUAGCAGCACGGGAAGCUUUAUGGACAAUGAUGUUGAUGCUGAUAACUACAUCGAAACAAAUACAUCCGCUCUUUCAAAUGUCUCUGUGGCCAAUUCAGAACUGUACACAAAAGCGAGAAAUUCUCCUCAAUCUCUUACAUACUAUGGGCUGUGUCUCAUAAAUGGGAAUUAUAGUGUUAAACUCCACUUUGCAGAGAUUGUAUUUAUAAAUGAUAGUUCAUUCAACAGCCUUGGGAGGCGAAUAUUUGAUGUGUACAUUCAGGAAAAGCUGGUCCUAAAAGAUUUUGAUAUAGAACAUGAAGCAGGGGGUACAGGUAAGCCCAUUAUAAAAAAAUUUACCGCAGUUGUCACAAGUCAUACAUUGAAGAUCCAUUUCUACUGGGCUGGAAGAGGAACAACCGGAAUCCCACUUAGAGGAAAUUAUGGUCCUCUGAUAUCAGCUAUUUCUGUAGAUCCCAAUUUUACACCUCCUAAGAACCAUGUGAAGAAGCAUCACACCAUCAUAAUUAUUGGGACAGCAGCAGCAGCUUUUGUUCUCCUUCUGCUGCUAUGUAUUAUGAGGAGGAACGGAUGGCUGGGAGGCAAGGCAUCCGUAUAUAAAGAGCUUAGAGGUAUAGAUCUGCGAACAGGAUUAUUUACUAUAAGACAGAUUAAAGCAGCCACUAAAAAUUUUGAUGCUGCAAACAAAGUUGGGGAAGGUGGUUUUGGUGCAGUUUACAAGGGUCUCUUGUCAGAUGGUACUAUAAUUGCAGUCAAGCAGCUGUCGUCGAAAUCAAAGCAAGGAAAUCGAGAAUUUGUUAAUGAAAUAGGCAUGAUAUCUGCACUGCAACACCCAAAUCUUGUCAAGCUUUAUGGAUGCUGUGUUGAUGGGAACCAACUAAUGUUGAUUUAUGAGUACAUGGAAAAUAAUUGCUUAUCACGUGCCCUUUUCAAAAAUGACCCACAAUCUAAAUUGAGAUUGGACUGGCCCACUAGGCAGAAAAUUUGUCUGGGGAUAGCUAGAGGUUUGGCCUAUCUGCACGAGGAGUCGAGAUUAAAAAUCGUACAUAGGGAUAUCAAGACAAGUAAUGUGUUGCUUGAUAAGGAUUUCAAUGCUAAAAUUUCUGAUUUUGGUUUGGCUAAGCUUCAUGAAGAUGACAAUACCCAUAUCAGCACCAGAAUUGCCGGAACCAUUGGUUAUAUGGCACCCGAAUACGCCAUGCGUGGGUGCUUGACCAGCAAAGCUGAUGUUUAUAGCUUCGGAGUUGUUGCCUUGGAAAUUGUCAGUGGCAAAAGCAAUACCAACUACAGGCCUAAGGAGGAAUUUGUUUACCUUCUUGAUUGGGCAUCUGUUCUGCAAGAAAAAGGAAGCCUAUUGGAGUUGGUGGACCCAGCCUUAGGCUCAGAUUAUUCAUCAGAAGAAGCAAUGGUGAUGCUGAAUGUGGCUCUCCUCUGCACCAAUGCGUCCCCAACUCUACGGCCUCUAAUGUCCCAAGUGGUGAGCAUGCUCGAAGGUCGAACUCCAGUGCAGGCUCUUCUUUCUGACCCAGGAUUUUCAGCUAUUAACUCCAAAUUGAAGGCUCUCAGAAAUCACUUUUGGCAACAAUUGAGCCCCACACGUAGUUUAUCAUUGGACGACUUCCCCAGUGAUUCCUUGAGUUCGAAUGUGGAACUGGAGGCAGAAGAGAAUCGCAAUCUUGUAAGAACCCCAUCCCGUUAAAACUGAGACGCGACUGGAAGAACGGAAAGGGGCGUGAAUAUAUAGCUUGUAAAAACCACAAUAUUCAAGUAGUUGUGGCAAAAUCAACGUAAAGAAAGUCUGUGCUCUGCUGAAUGUGUAAGGCGAAGUUUUACAGCAUUCGUUUUGAAUCCCAUAGGCCACAGCUUUGCGUGGCUCUUUGUUUAAGAUUAUGAAUUUCCAUGAUGUAAAUUUCUUCUUUCAUGGACAUAGAGGGCUCAUUAUAAUGUGAUUAAAUAUGCCGCCAAAUUUCCGAA